GUUCGUCCUACCCUAUCCAUUAAUUGAUCAUCCCGCCCUCACCAUUACAAUUCCAAGUUCCAGCCUUCAAUACCUUGAAAUUCUUCUAAUUUCAACAUUCCCACCAUGAAGUUCUCAGUGCUUCUUGCUUCGAUUUCCUUCAUCCUCCCGUCCCUAUCCCAUCCGCUCGAAGAUCGCGAUGCCCCUCAGACAGUCCACCUAACCUUCCACGGUGGCCCUGCAUCCUACGAGAUGACGAUCCCCGCCGAUGGGCAGGUGUAUCCAACAAACAACGAUAUCUCCGUCAACAUCAUUGACGCACCAGACUACAAUGCCCUCUCCCAGUGCACCUUCUACACAAACGGCGAGAAGGCUCUGGUUGGCGGCAUCACGCCCCAGGGUCUUCAGCAGGUCAUCAUUGGACCGCCGCAGCCCGUCACAGGAGUCAGCUGUCUCGGUAUCUGUGUUCCAACGUAUGGAAUGUGCUACGAUCUCAAUGGGCAGUACGUCGGGCCGUGUUGCAACGGCUUCUGCGCGGCCACGAGGUGCAGACCUUGGAUUCAACCUUCUUGAACACAAGCCGAUGCUGAUGGUUCUCGUACUCAUGAUUUGCUUCGCAUUCGAGACGUUUAGCAACCUGCCGAGCGGGACGUACACUCAAGCUAUUGUAUGCGGCUCCUGGGCUAGCUAGAGUAGAAGCCUAUCACCUUGCUUAAUCUCUUGAUCUGGGCUGUGUUAAGUAAUUCCAAUCGCUCAACUAUCGUAUUGAAGCACUCCUCUCCAUGAGCUGACGCGUUCCGGCAAGCUGCAUGUGCAAUCCGAAGGUAAGUUCAAUGUAAAAUGUGGUUCCAAACCAUGAAUUGGCAGCAGCCUUGAUUUUCUCCCCCUGAAUCUGUACAUGAGCCG